CGCAAGUCCUACUGGACUGUCAGGCGGCGUGGAGCACAAGGAUCGAUGGCUGGGUGGUUGGUGGGGACUGCAGCAAGGCAAAGAAUGUCACGUGCGAUGCCAAGGGCAUGAUAACAGCCAUAGACCUGCAGAACAACAUCUUCAAUGGAGUGAUUCCCAACUCCAUUGGGAAGCUUUCAAAUCUGCGUACUUUGAACCUUCACUACAACCACUUAUCGGGUCCAAUUCCUGACUCCCUUUUCAAGCUCACAGCCCUUCGAGGCUU